AGUUGGCUUCGCCGAUCGCGAAUACCUCGUUUGGUAUAUACUUUUUGUUAUAUUUGUGCCGUACGCAAUGUUGCCGCUGCCGCUGAAGUGGUGCGUCGUUGGUGGCACCAUAACAGCCAGCUGUCAUCUGGCCGUAAUUACAAUAAUUAAAUUACAGAACCAGGAAAAAUCGAACUGCAUUUUAUUUCAAAUAUUUGCCAACUUUAUGCUUUAUACGGCAAUAAACGUAGCUGGGAUGUACACUAAGUAUUUAACCGAUAGAGGUCAACGCUUGGCAUUUAUUGAGACGCACAAAGCCAUGGAACAUAAAAAGGAAUCAGAGAAGGAACUACAAAGGACACAAAAACUUUUGGACUCAAUUCUGCCCAACAUUGUCAACAACCAGAUUCGCACGGAAAUGUACAAAGGCACCGAUCCGAUGGUGGAGACACAAUUCAAUAAACUCUACGUGUACCCGAUGCACAACGUCAGUAUUCUGUUCGCGGACAUCAAGGGUUUCACGGAAUUGGCCAGCAAAACAUCAGCACAGCAACUCGUGAAAAUCCUGAAUGACCUUUUUGCUCGCUUCGAUAGAAUCGCAGAGGAUAAUCACUGUUUACGGGUUAAAUUGCUGGGCGAUUGUUAUUAUUGCGUGUCCCAAUUCGAGAGCGAUAACUGGAAAACACGUCCGGAUCAUGCAGUUUGCAGUGUCGAGACAGGACUUCACAUGAUAAGAGCUAUUAAAGAUGUCAGACUGCACACGCAUGUCGAUUUAAAUAUGCGCAUUGGCAUCCAUAGCGGUUCGGUUAUGUGCGGCGUUUUGGGUAACAAAAAAUGGCAUUUUGAUGUUUGGUCAAAUGACGUUAUAAUUGCCAAUCACAUGGAAUCCGGUGGCAUACCAGGAAUAAUUGAUAAAUUGAAAAAUGAUAUGAGAAAAUGUGGCUGA